AUGGACGACCAAAUACACCUAGAGACGGAUGACUUUGCCGACGAACUACACCCUUUUCUCCCUGCGCCAGACGGCAAACCGAAAUCGAGACUCAUUGGCACUAAAUACCACCUUUACCUGCUCUUUUUUAUCCUGGCAGGCCUCGAUUCGACCGUCUUUGUGCUCAACCUACCACUGACUCGAGUGUACGAGAGCAUAGCAUGCUAUCAGUAUUAUUCGACACAUGAGCGAGGUCGGUUCUUGGACCCUGGGUCCAUACCAGAAGAGGUAUGCAAGAUUGCACCGGUCCAGGAAGAGUUGGCGCGGGUCAAGGGCAUCGAAUUUUUGUUCAUGAUGGCACCGGGGCUUUUCCUUGCAAUUCCAUACGGCAUAUUGGCUGACAGAUGGGGCCGGCGACCUGUUUUGAUUAUUUGCCUAUUGGGGUUGGCAUUGACUAUUCUGGGGGUGUUGAUGGUCUGCUGGUUCUGGUGGUUGGUACCAUUGAGGGCUGUAUGGCUGUGCUGGCUACUUACCAGUAUUGGAGGCGGCCCGGCGGUUCUAAACUCGACCAUCUUUACAAUGCUUGCUGAUGUGGUUAGUCCGGGCAAGAGGGCCACCACGUUCCUGGAGCUCACCGUGGCCGUGUUGAUAUCGCAGGCCAUAUCCACCCCUCUGGCGUCUGUACUCAUGGCAAAGUACGGAACGACGCUGCCGAUUGCGUUUGGGUACGGACUCGGACUCAGCGUGUGCUUCAUGUGUCCGUUUGUCCCCGAGACUCUUCAUCGGAGCACCAAGAUUGCGACUGACGAGCUGCCAUUCGGCGACGUUGAGGCGGCAUCGCCACACACGUCGUCGAAGCAGACUUGGAGGAACAAAGUCGGCCAGCUCUUUGGGUCCAAGAAUGGCGGCGUGAGCCUUGCGCUGCUUCCACCGACCAUGCUCGCCCUGUUCGUCAUCUUAUUCCUGGACAGCCUCAACGCGUCGACAAUCAACAUUUUGGUCCAAUACACAUCCAAGAAACUGUCGAUACCAAUCUCUAGCGUCGGCUCACUCGUCACCAUACGAGCAGUCAUGACCAUUGUUGUCAUUCUCUUCUUCGUGCCAUUUAUUGGAAACCGGUUGCAAAAGAAAUGGGGGUUGGACAGCCACUCUCGUGAUCUAUGGCUUGCAAGAAUCACCAUGUCUAUUUGUCCCUUUGGCUUUGUGCUUCUGGCCAUGGGUAGAUCCGUAUCCGUGAUUGCCGUUGGAAUGGUUCUAGUUGCUAUUAGUUGGGCGUGCUGCAGCAGCUUGGUGAGAAGUCUUGCGACGGCCCUGGCUUCACCAGAAAGAAUAUCCGGGCUUUACGGUGUCAUCAAUGUCUUUCAGGCUGUGGGUGCUUUGGUGGGCAAUCCGCUGCUUGCAGAGUUGCUGGCGGUAGAUGUGCGAUCGGGCAACGACUGGAUUUCGCUGCCGUUUGGCGUGGCGGGUCUGUUGAGCAUCGUGUCAUGUGGCAUCAUUUGGAUAGUGAGGUUGCCUCCGUCAACAGCCAACUAG